CAAAAUGUUGGUGGAAUGGUGCGCAUUGUGGCAUGCACGUGUCCCAGUGUUUACAGCCCGGCACCGCUGGGUCCGUCUGCUGGUGUUAGCCAAAGUUGCUCCCUCAUCACUACCACCCUCUCACUUGGACUCCUCGUCCCCACCAACAUGUUUAGUACAUCCAGCACCUUCCUCAACAACCAGGUUGUGUUGCCACUAUCAUAUGUGGUGUCACAGUAUUCUGCAGUGAGGCGAGGUCAACCCAAGGUUAAAUCUUCAAAUAAGAAUGGAUGUCAAGGUGCUGCCAAAGUUGACAUUAUCUGCUCUGACCACCUGGCUGAGACAGUACAGGUAUUGGGCGAGUCUGGACUAAAGGAGGUGAGUAAAUUGGUGACCCCACAGCUCUUGCGGGACAUAGCUCUUCAUGGCCCAAAGGUGAACCUGCAUUGUGGUAGGGACUCGACUGGAGACUACCUGCUGCGUUCCUCACACCUUUCAGCUGCUAUUUAUGAUAAAAGACAAAAAUGGCAUGUGUCUCAUAAAUCAGCUGAAACAUUUAUGGAAAACAAGCACAUGAGUUCAAGCACACCAUCUUUCUCUGGAGAUGCAAGGUUGAAGCCCCUCUUCAAUAUUACCAAGAAACUCCUCUCGUCACAGAAUAUCACAAACGUACCUCGUUGUGGUUUCAAGACCCAGCAGUCUAUUGAACGUGAAGCUCUCAGACAAGCAACUGUCACUGAUAGGUUACGAGAUGGACUGAAAUCUAGACAGCGUCUUGUGGCCAACAAAACAGUACAACAAGAAAUAGAACAAAACUCCAAACUAAAGAGUCUGAUGGCUGAGGAGGCCUCGGAAGAAAGCCGCAAAGCCUUGAAGGUGGCUUUUGCCGAGGGUUACCUUGCUGGCGACCCUCAGAAACAACAGUCUCGGGCCAUGAGAUGGAUACGAAACUUGCAGCAAGUUCUAGCUGUUGUGGUAUUCAUAGCCAUACUUAUUUCCUUAAUGGGUGGCUUGGGAGGAUCUGUGUUCAGGAUGCAUGUGGGAAAUGGAAACGAGGUCCAUCCAGAAGAAAUUACAGUUUCAUUUGAGGAUGUAAAAGGGGUGGAUGAAGCCAAGCAAGAACUGCAGGAAAUUGUGGAAUUCUUGAGAAACCCUGAGAAGUUCACUUCCUUGGGUGCUGAGUUGCCAAAGGGGGUAUUGUUGGUGGGUCCUCCAGGUACUGGGAAAACACUCCUUGCUCGAGCUGUAGCAGGGGAGGCUGGUGUGCCUUUCUUCCACGCUGCUGGUCCCGAGUUUGACGAGAUAUUGGUCGGACAGGGUGCUCGUAGAGUGCGUGACCUUUUCCGUGCAGCCAAGGUGCGUGCCCCAUGUGUGAUCUUCAUCGAUGAAAUUGACUCUGUUGGUGCUAAACGUUCAAAUUCUGUAUUACAUCCAUAUGCCAAUCAGACAAUUAAUCAACUGUUAGCAGAAAUGGAUGGGUUCCACAAGAACGAGGGGGUUAUUGUCUUGGGGGCAACCAACCGUCGUGAUGAUCUUGAUAAAGCUCUUUUGCGGCCUGGUAGAUUUGAUGUGGAAGUCCAGGUCCCUAUUCCAGACCUUGCAGGGAGGAAAGAGAUCUUUGACUACUACUUAGGUAAAGUGAAGGCUGGAGAUGAUGUGGAUAAGAAUGUACUUUCCCGAGGAACAACAGGCUUUACGGGUGCAGACAUAAAAAAUGUGACCAACCAAGCAGCUCUGAGAGCAGCAGCUGAUCAAGUGGAUUCAGUCUCUAUGAAGCAUCUUGAGGCAGCGAGAGACAAAGUUCUUAUGGGGCCAGAACGAAAAUCUCGCAUCCCUGAUGAGGAAGCAAACCUUGUAACGGCUUACCAUGAAGGCGGACACACACUAGUGGCAUAUUAUACCAAGGACUCCCACCCGCUUCACAAAGUCACCAUCAUCCCACGGGGACCAUCACUGGGACAUACUGCUUACAUCCCGGCAAAAGAACAGUACCACAUGACUCGAAGUCAAAUGUUAGCUACCAUGGAUUCCCUCAUGGGUGGCCGAGCAGCAGAAGAAUUAAUUUUUGGCAAUGAUCUGGUGACUUCUGGUUCAUCCUCUGACCUCAAGCAAGCAACCAACAUUGCCACUCAUAUGGUGAAGGACCUAGGCAUGAGCGAGCGUGUGGGAUUUCGAACGUUUGAAGACAACAGCGGCCAACUCAUCAGCACGGGUGACUCACUUGGACAGUCAACAAAAGAGGCUAUUGAUUUGGAGAUAAAGAGAUUGUUACAAGAAUCUUAUGAACGUGCAAAAGCAAUCUUGAAAUCUCAUGCAAGGGAACACAAAGCGGUAGCUGAUGCUCUUAUGAAAUAUGAAACCUUAGAUGCUGAUGACAUCAAAGCCAUACUGGAUGGAAGACCAGUUGCCAAGAAUUUGUAGUGGAACAUAUAUGCCUUACUUUGCAAAUUUCAUAUUGUAAAUUUAUUUCAUUAUACACCAUACAUAUUUAUCAGCAGCUUUGUUUGAACUGUUUUUCCCUUAUUCUUCUCUGAAGAUUUGUGUGAAUAUAGUUUGUACAUUAAACAAGUGGCUGAAAAAAUUUACUCUUCUAGCUUCUGUUAGAACAUUAGUCUCUCUCCAUGGUUCUCUUAGCACUUCACCUAUCAUUGACGGUCAUAAUUAUAAGAGUUUAUUUGUACUACAGUAUGUCCUUAUUUUACCCAUUUUAAUGUUCUUGCUUUCAUAAUGUUUUCACAUUUUGUAUACUGUUCUUUCAAUAUUCUUGUACAGUAUUUACUAUCUUAAGUAAAUCUAGAUAAGAGCUCUUACUGGAUGCUUCAGGGUGUAUUGUCCAGGAAGAUGUUUUGAGAGUUUUAACCUUUUUACAUAUGGGGGGAAAUGUCCAGCUUUGGACUGACACUGUUUGGGGUUCUUGCAUUCCUCCAGUCUAGUAUAUUAAAGUUAUGUACUUAAAAGUUUUAAAAAUGCUGUAUUUUUUAUUUUUUUUUGCUUUGUAGUAAAUUCAGUAAAGUAUGUACGUAUGGAAGUAUUACUCCAAUUAUGUACUUGAUGAUAAUAAUAAAGAACGUUUCAUCAGUA